UGUUUGUUGUAUUGUGGCAUUAAACUGGGGAUAACUUUUGUUUGUUUUUUUACCUUAGACCUGGUGUUGAAAAAAGAGAAAGAAGUACUCAAUGACAUUGAAGAGAAAGAUCAAUACGAGAAUCAGCCUGAUUUCACAGCUGGAAACAAAUAUUUUAGGUGUUCACAUGCUGAAAAGAUUUCCACACUAAAAAAAGCUCAAAAGACUGGAAAAACUAGAAGUGAUUUCACUUGCCUUCGGUCUGGAAAGAGUAAUAAUCAACAAGGAAACCUUAAAGUCCACAUUAAGGAAACCCCUUUCAGAUGCCAACAUUGUGGGAAAAGUUUCACUCUUAAAGUAAGUCUUUACAGGCAUAUAAAAAUUCAUACUGGAGAAAAGCCGUACACCUGCCAACAAUGUGGAAAACGUUUCACUUAUAAAGUAAGUCUUGACAGGCAUAUAAAAGUUCACACUGGAGAAAAGCCUUACACCUGUCAACAAUGUGGAAAAAGUUUCAGUUAUCAAGUAAACCUUACCCACCACAAGAGAAUUCACACAGGAGAGAAGCCUUACACCUGCCCACAGUGUGGAAAAAGUUUCUGUCAUCAAGGAAACCUUAGCCACCACUUGAGAAUUCACACAGGAGAGAAGCCUUACACCUGCCAACAGUGUGGAAAAAGUUUCUGUCAUCAAGGAAGCCUUAACCACCACAUGAAAAUUCACAUUGGGGAGACUCCUUUCAGUUGCCAACACUGUGGAAAAAGUUUCACUUAUAAAGGAUGUCUUGACAGGCAUAUAAAAGUUCACACUGGAGAAAAGCCUUACACCUGCCAACAGUGUGGAAAAAGUUUCUGUCAUCAAGGAAACCUUAGCCACCACUUGAGAAUUCACACUGGAGAGAAGCCUUACACAUGCCAACAGUGUGGAAAAAGUUACCGUCAUCAAGGAACCCUUAGCCACCACAUGAGAAUUCACAUUGGGGAGACCCCUUUCAGUUGCCAACACUGUGGAAAAAGUUUCGCUUAUAAAGGAAGUCUCGACAGGCCUAGGGAAAAGCCCUACACCUGCUCACACUGUGGAAAAAGUUUUGCUCCGCAUGCAAACCUUAAAGUCCACAUGAGAAUACACACUGGAGAGAGACCCUUCACUUGCCAGCAGUGUGGAAAAAGUUUCAGUCAUAAAGGAACUUGGACAUAGAGAAAAGUCUUACUCAUGCCAACAAAGUGUAGAUGUAGUUUCACUCAAAAAUGAAACUUAAACUGGCACACAUUAAUUCACACAGAAUAGAAGCCUUACACCUGGCAACAGCAUUUACUCAACUCAGCUCAACUCAACUUUAUUUAUAAAGCACUUUCAACAACUACCCGUUAAAAGUCUGGCAGCUGAGUUCUGAACGAGCUGCAAACGAGAGAGAGAAGCCUGAAUCAAACCGAGAUACAAUACAUUACAAUAAUCCAAACAUGAAGACACAAAGGCGUGAACAACUUUCUCCAUAUCAUUAAAAGUAAGAAUAGAUUUCAAUUUAGAUAUUAAUCUAAGAUGGAAGAAACUAUUCUUAACAACAGCAUUAAUUUGCUGCUAAGAUUUAAGCUCAGAGUCAAAAAUGAAUCCAAGGUUCCUCACACUAGACAGUUUUUUCCCUGGAAACAACCCCAAGCAGUCAUCAUCCACACACCCAUUAUUUCCAAAUAAAAUGAGCUCAGUCUUAUCCUCGUUUAAUUGUAGAAAGUUAUUUGCAAGCCAGCACUUAACUUCUGCCAAACAUGCAUGAAGAGACUGAAUGGCACUUUUAUGCCCAUGUUUUAGUGGUACAUAAAUUUGAAAAUCAUCUGCAUAAAGAUGAUAUUGAAUCCCAAAUAUUUCAAAAAUAGAACCUAGAGGGAGCAUAUAAAGGGAAAAUAAAAUUGGUCCCAGUAUUGAGCCCUGUGGAACCCCACACACAAGGGGGGCAAUGGAAGAAAAAUAAUCCCCUAAACUGACUGAAAGAGUCCUAUCCUUCAAAAAGGAAGAGAACCAUUUCAGGACUAAGCCCUGAAUACCAACCUGAUCCCUAACACGAUCAGUGAGAAUGUUAUGAUCAACUGUAUCAAAUGCUGCUGUAAGAUCUAACAACAGCAAGACAAUGCGGUUUCCAGAAUCAACACCUCGUAGGAAAUCAUUAGACACCCUCAAAAGAGCAGAUUCUGUACUAUAACCAACUCUAAAACCUGAAUGGAAUCUAUGGCAGAUGUUAUUCCUAGCUAAAAAGUCAUUAAGCUGUGCGUGCACAAUUUUUUGUAGUAUCUUUGAAAUAAAAGGCAUUUAGAGUGUUUCACUCAACAUGGAAACCUUAGAAGUCCACAUGAGAAUUCACGCCACUGUAGCCGCACUGGGUUGUACAUAAUAAUUAAUUCAAAUGAUAUAUAGGGAAUUAGAAUAAUUAUUCAGGAAUAUGGUUAAUAUAUAUAUCUCAUAUAUAAAAUUAUUGAAGAUGAAAAAUAGCUCAAUUGCAUAUAUCAAUUACUCAUUAAUAUGUCAAUAUUCCAUUCUUCAUAUCAGUUAUAGUGAUAUCUCUUACUGUAAAUUACUGCAAAUUAAACAGUGGUUUGUCCAGCAAACGGCCGUAAGAUUAACUUAUAAAUUUUCAAUAAAGUUAUCACUUCUUAUAAUUCAAGGAAAAAUAUUCUCUGGCCAUGAAAACAUUAUCCUAUCAUUAUGAUGAAUUUAGUUACUAAAAGUAAAGCUUGUAGCUAAAGAUCAGACAUUUCAUUGACUCGUAAUGUGAGCGGUUUAGAGGCAAUCAUGAAUAUAUAUGGGUUUUUAAUAAUUGAACUAAUAAUACAUUAAACGAGUAAAUAUGCGUACGACAAUACAGACAGUAAACUUUGUACAAGACAUAAUUGAAUCCAAAUAAGGGAGAGAGAGAGAGGGAAUGAAUGA